CCACCAACCUGUGAAUCAAUUUUGCAUUGGAAGUUUUAGAAGUGAGAAGAAAAUGAAGCUAUUUUAUUUCUUCAUUUUAUUAUCCAUGAUGAAUUUACGUGAUGCCUCAAGCAAGAAGACUCAGGUCAGGAAAACGUUGAGCAGUUCAAAGAAGAUCCCUGUCAAGUCCAUCAAGAGCCCUGAUGGUGAUAUUAUUGAUUGUAUCAACAUUUAUCAUCAACCAGCGUUUGAUCAUCCUUUGCUAAAAAAUCAUACCAUUUUGAUGAGGCCUAGUUUGCAGCCUCGGAAAGGACCAAUUGGUGGAGGUGAACUAUUCCAAUCCAAUGCUCAUGGCCAAGAGGAUAAAAAACCAAUUGCUCAGUUAUGGCAGUUGGGUGGGAGAUGCCCUGAAGGAAUUAUUCCUGUUAGAAGAAACCAGAAAGCAAGAUAUGCAAAGAAGAAGCACAGAAACUUUCCCCAGCUCGCUGACUUUUCCAAUCACGAGCAUGCAUAUGCAUAUGUCCAAAGUAACAAGUAUUUGGGAGCAAAGGCAACAAUAAACCUUUGGCAACCCCAAGUUCAGGGCAGUGGUGAAUUUAGCUUGGCUCAAAUAUGGGUUCUUGCAGGUGCUAAUUCAGAUCUGAACAGCGUUGAAGCUGGUUGGAUGGUAUUUCCAAGUCACUUUGGAGAUAGCAACACAAGACUUUUCACUUACUGGACUGUAAGUCACAAAAUAUUAUCAACCCUAAUGCUAAUAUAAUAUGUUUGCCUGAAUCUAAAUUUUUAUCAUUAUGUAU